AUGCCUUGGGCACCCCAAAAACUGGGGUGCAGCCCCUGGGCACCCCAAAGAGUGGGUGAGCAUCCCCGUGGCACCCCAAAGAGCAGGCACGUUGCCUUGGGCACCCCAAAAAGCAGAGUGCAGCCCCUGGGUACCCCAAAGAAGAGGGUAAGCAACCCCUGGGCACCCCAAAAAGCAGCGCAGCAGCCCCUGGGCACCCCAAAGAGCGGCUGGCCGCGCAUCACCGCCUUCGCCGAGUCCCACCGGAGGCGGGGGCUGGUGUCGGGUGUGGAAGCGGAGGGGGAACAGGGUCAACCGGAGCCCACCCAGAUCCAACCCUCGGCGGGGGCCGGCUCCAGCGAUGGGGGGGUGAACCCCGAUUUACGCCGCCAGUUGGGCCUGAUCCUGCAAACGGCCGGCAGGAGCCAGGUGGAGAAGAUGCUGCGGGAGCUGGUGCGGGAGCAGGGGCAGGGGGGGAAGCGCCGGAACCGCAAGAAAACAGCCAAGGAUGGAGGUGCCGGCACUGGGAGCGGGACCGAGGAGGAUUCGGCACCGCGGGACGGCAAGGAGACGGCGCGGGAGGAGGCCGAUCAGCGCCAAAGCGGGGGACAGGCGGGUGAACCCCCCGUCGCUGAGUCCGGUAAAGCCGCGGCGGUGCUCGGAGUGCGGGCGGCGGUGUCGGCAAUCGGCCCGGCAACCAGACCGCGGUGGGGAGAAGCCGCACCGGUGCGGUGA